GGAGGUCUCUGGCUACUGUGUCCAUGGGGCCUGGUCACAUGACCCCAGGGUCCACCCUGGGUGUCAUCCGAUGGCCAAGCCUACAAGAAGGGCGGGCAGGAGGAAGCCUCUCCCCAUCCUUCGUUUGGCCAAGUUGCAGAAAAGGGAAGGAGAAGCAGGUGUCCCUGGCUGAGCUGUCCAGGCUCCUCACACGUUUUCCUUGGGGCCGAUCUCUCCACUGUGACACCAACAUGGAUCCAGCGGUUGCCUUCCUCCUCCUCGGCUUCACCUUCCAAGCUACAAGCGCAGACAGUCCUGCAGCGACCCACGCUGAAUUAGACCCCAAAGAUGUGGGGCACUCGGUCAGUCUUCCUGUUGUGAUUCCAAAAGGGACCAUUUUCUCGGGUCUCAUGUUGAGGUCCACUGGCCCACCCAGCAAGGCCGUCGCUAUGUGGGAGCAAGGGAAGCCCGUCACGGUCCUAGACCCGAGGUAUUCCGAAAGGGUGUCAUUCCUGGAAGAGGAACCUGCCUUCCAAAUCCAUAACCUCACCUUGGAAGACGGAGGAGGCUAUGACAUUUCGAUGUUCACCCAGGAAGGCUCCAAGACGCUGAACCGCUACACGCUCUUCGUCUUCCACAUCAACAUCACGGGACAAAGGCUGGCCAACAGCUCCUGCGACCUCAAUUUGCUGUGUGAGGCAGGAGCUGGAGCCAAAGUUCGGGUGACCUACUCCUGGAAGAAUACAAAAACGGGGGACACGGCGUCUGACAACGCCAGGCUGCACCUCACCUUGAACGCCAAGAACAAAGAGGACUCUUACACCUGCUCCGCGCAGGCCUUGGGGACCCAGAAAGCUUGGGAGGUCUUGCCCUAUGCUUCGUGCCCAAAAUCUGCAGCUGCAGGACUUUUUGCGGCCAGCCUGUUCUUCUUCCACGUUGCCAGAGCUGUUUUGGCACCUGCCCUCAUCACCAUCUUCAUGCUCCUGUAAAUAGCCAGUGGCUCUGCAGCUGCUUCCUGAGCAAAGUGUGGAAAUCCAGCCUCCUCCUCUCGUUUUCCAGUGCUCCCACUUCUCGUCCGCCCCUUGCUCUGGUUCCCCUUUGCAGUCAAACCUCAGUUGUCAAACGUAAUCCAUUCCAGAAGACUGUUCAACUUCUGAUUGGUUGCAG